UCAGAGGGGCUGAAAAUAGCCCCUCUGGAGGAGGGGUGGGGUUAUUUAAAGGGCCCGGAAGGAGCAGAGCCCUGACUGCAGGAGUGACCAUGGCCGCUUUGGAGCUGAGCUGCCAGGUGUCGGAGGAGAACCAAGAGCGCCGAGAAGCCUUCUGGGCUGAAUGGAAGGAUCUGACGCUGUCCACACGGCCUGAGGAGAAUUGUUCCCUGCACGAGGAGGACACAGCGCGGCAUGAGACCUACCACCAGCAGGGGCAGUGCCAGGCACUGGUGCAGCGCUCCCCCUGGCUGACAAUGCGAAUGGGCAUCCUUGGCCGCGGGCUGCAGGAGUACCUGCUGCCCUACCAGCGGGUGCUGCCCCUACCCAUCUUCACCCCCACCAAGGUGGGCACCUCCGCGGAGGAACGCGAGGAGAGCCCCAUCCAGCUGGAGCUAGCCCUCGGUGGCCAGUGUGCAGAGCGCCAGGAUGUGGCUGAGAUCACCAAGCAGCUGCCCCCAGUGAUGCCCGUCAGCAAGCCUGGUGCCCUUCGCCGCUCCCUGUCCCGCUCCAUGUCCCAGGAAGCACAGAGAGGCUGAGCGGGACUGACUCGGCUCCACCUGCCCUGGGUCGGCGCUUCUGGCUAGGACCACGGGAAGGAGCUGCCGGCCGUGGAUGCUUUGUAGUUUACCCAGAACUGGGGGCUAGGGUCAGAGGGGCCAGAGGCCAGGAUGCCUGGUUCCCUGAGUUCCCAAGGGGAAGGGAAGAAAGACAGUGGCACUGGAGCUGGGGAGCCAAGGGCCUGCAACCCCAGGAGAAGAGACAGGAGUUGCUGGGGGGGAGCAAAAGAAGUGACCCCGGUCCAGGUUCAGCUUCAGAGGACCGGAGGGAGGGGGGGAGGAAGGAUAAGGGGGUCUGGAAGGCUCUGGGAGGAGGCUUGGAGAUGGGAGGGAGGGGGACGUGAAGAGGGCAGAGGCUGGGUGGGGCCCUAGCACCCUCAGUUAGUCUGCAAUAAAUGCUCGAGAAUA